GGCAGCAGUGUGAGACGGUGGUGAAAGCUCUCGAUGCCCAAAGCCCCGUCAGCGUGAAGCCUGGAGAAAUGCUGCUGCUGACGGCCCUGCUAAUGGUGCUGCCCCAGGCCUGGGCAUGUCCUCCACAGAAAGCAGAUUAUGUUGUGGUCUCCUGCUUUCCAAACAUGAUCAUCGCCAAUGUACCCGAAUGUCCCUAUGGCUGGGAGAUCGAGCAGCUCUCCCUGGGGGGGAUCUGCUACACGGGGGUCAUCAGUGCUGGGUACUACCGCUUCACUGUCCCGGACCUGACCCCCAGGAACCACUCCUACUGUGGGACCCAGUCUGAGUAUAUGGAUGGUAAGGAUCCCAAAUACGUGUUUUACAACUAUAUCAUCUCCAACGACACCUCUCUCACGGUGAGGAACCAGCCUGUGAACUACUCCUUCAGCUGCACCUACAGGGCUGCCUACUUGGUGAAUAACGCUGUGUUCAGCCAGAGAGUGGCCACCGUUUAUGUGAACAACGGGAGCGUAGGCUCUUUUAAAACUCAGUUGUCUAUGAACGUGUUCACUAACUCCAAGUUCCUGUACGCCAAGGACGCGCCCUAUGUCAUCGACACAUCCGAAAUUGGCUCAGAGGUCUUCAUAGGCAUCGAGGCCAAGGGCCUCAGUAGCCGAUUCAAAGUGGUCAUUAACAACUGCUGGGCCACUCCCUCUCCUUACUCUACGGACAAGAAGAGGUGGAGCCUCAUAAUUAACAGCUGCUCCUCAGACCAGACUGUGACCAUCUUUGAGAACGCCAAAGACACCCGCUCCAUGUUCAAGUUCAACUCCUUCCGCUUUCAGCGUCUGGAGAAAGUCUCAACUGUCUGGCUCCACUGUGAGGUCAACAUCUGUGAUGGAGAAAAGCUGUUCUGCCAGCCAGCCCCAUGCACAACCAGAAGCGUGCAGAAGCAUGUGGACUCCAGCGGGGGGGUGCUCACCAUGGAGUUUCAGCUCUCAGCUGCAGAGUCGUCCAGUGAGGGACAUCUUGUAGGUAAUUUCUCACAUUUUUAUUUCUCUGGAUGGACCCACGGACCACAUCAGUUUUUGAUUACUGGAGAAGCCUCCCACUCUUUUUAUGUGUCUGAAUAG